UGGCGCGCCUGCGCAGGUCGGGCUGGCUGCAAGCGCUCCCCCGGGCGGCCGCGUUCUGCUGCGCAUGCUCGGCGUCCACUGGGCGGCCCCGACCUAAGGGUUCCCAAGCAUCUGCAAUUCAGACCUGCAUCCCUGCCUGAGCAUCCCGCGCCCGGCCAUGACGGAGCACUCCUUCGCCCUCCCGGUCAUCAUUUUCACCACGUUCUGGGGCCUCAUCGGCAUUGCCGGGCCCUGGUUCGUGCCGAAAGGACCCAACCGCGGAGUAAUCAUCACCAUGCUGGUGGCCACUGCUGUGUGCUGUUACCUCUUCUGGCUCAUCGCCAUCCUGGCUCAGCUGAACCCCCUGUUCGGGCCCCAGCUGAAGAAUGAGACCAUCUGGUACGUGCGCUUCCUGUGGGAGUGACCGCUGCCGCCUCCUUGGCCCCAGGUGCCCCAGCUCUCUGGAUGACCUUGGUUCCACUGUCCCCGAUGACCCUUUUGUCAGCCCCACAGCUGUGUCCUGGUCCCUCCGUGCUCCCUCCCCCAAGACCUGCCUGGUUCUGGAAAGUACCGCCUUCCCCAGCCAUCUGGGCCCCGGGAAGCCCCAGGCUCAGAGCCAGGCUGGAGCAGGAGCUGUCGAGCCCUCAGGUCUCCCCUGCCCCCUCCCGAGUAGGUCCUGGCCAGGAGCUGACAAGGGUAGGGCUGCCUUUUACAAUGGGCAGCCCAAGGAAGGCCACGUGUUCUGUGGAGGAGGGCCUCUGGCCUGGGUGCUCGGAGCCUGGGGUGGGCAAGGCUGGAGAGGAAGCCCCAGGGGAGGAGUCAGGGCCCUGCUGCCGUCCUGCUGUGUGACCCCAGACGUGUGGGCCUCCUCACCUGUGAGAUAGAGGGGCUUGAUGGUGGGGGGCAAAGGCCUUUCUUGGAAUUCUCCUUUAAUUUUCUGACACAUUUUGAUGUGAAUUUUCUGGAAGUGUUAAAGUAAUGGGAAAACAUUCACACAAAACAUUACUAUCCAAAGCAACAUAGUAAUUUGGAUCAAGAUUGAAACUGGUAUGUUCAGCAUCCUUUACCGUCACGAAGUCACUUAAAUUGGCUGGCUCAGGAAAUGCUAUCUCCUCAGAAUAUCCUCUUCCCCCUUUCUCCCCUACCUGGGCCUCCCCACCUGUGGGUCAGCUCCCUCCCUUCCCAGAGGCUCAGCCAGAGCCCCUCACAGCAGCACGUAGGUCACCUGGAGCAAGGGAGGGCGAAGAGAGGCAGGUGUGGGCAAGGCAUGGGCUGGCUCUGCUGGGAUGCUGCCCGGCAGGGGAGCCCUGGCCUGGCGAGGGCCAGAGGCAGAGCCUGAGGGCAUCGGGUCAGAGGGAACCUUGGGCCCCAGCCCGUGCCCUCACUUCUCCCAGGAGAGUCGGGUAGAGACCUCAGGCACUUGCCCACAGCCCCAGAGCUGAUAGGAGUCCUGAGACCCUGCUCCACCAUGUUGCCUCCCUGGGGAAGAAGCCAGUCUCUUGUAUUUAUUGACUGUUUAUUUGAUUGGCAUUCUGUUUAGUGGGUAUGAUUUUUUGAGCAGUGGUGGAAUGUGCUAUGUCUCACCUGGAUUUCUGGGCUUGGCCUGUUGCUCAGAUCGGGGCUUCCCUUUGACAUCCCACCCACCCCCUUUCCAGCUCCCUUCCUGUGCUGACCUCUGUGGCCCCCCUGGAGUGGGGGUGUUGAGUCUGGAUUGUACUGUAAACCCGACCCAUGUCUAGUGACUCAUGAGCGGUGGGGAAAUGCCUGUUUGGUGGCAAAGUCCUGGCUGAGGCCAAGUCUGCUGGCUGCCGCUCCUCUGCCCACCCGAUUCCCAUUUCCUCGGUGGGUGGAUUUAGGGGACAGGAAAGGGGACUGGCAGCUGCUUGGAGCUGCAGCUCUGGAAUGUGGACACUGAGAACUACGUUUUCCUGAGACCGGAGUGAAAGUGCGGCUGUCCCGGACCCCCAGAACCAGGCCUGGCAGGAGGAGGAAGACAGAGGACUCGUUCCAGUCGAACUUUGCCCACCACUCACCAGUGCCCCAGAUUACAGAGUGCACGGCCCCGGGCUCUGCAAUAAAGCUGGUC